UCUAUGUAAACAUUUUCUAACAAACCAAAACUUACAUUGCAACCCAAUAAAGGCACAGUUUAUUCACUUGCACACAUGCAAACACGAAUUAUAGUCACGCUCCUGCCAUGACGUGUAAACACAACUAUUUAUCAUGCCGUCAGUCGUUUGUUUAUUGCCAAAGAAAAUGGUUGAGCACAUGGAGUCUUGCAAGACGCUGAAGUGAAGGGCUGCCAAUCAACAAGGAUGAAGGUGCUCCAGACUCCUCCUCCCUCCUCGCAGAAAGAAGUUGAGGGUGUGUGUGGAGGAUCUCCACGCAGACGUUCAAGCAUCGAGUUGGUCACUCAGCCCUCACGUUGCGCCAUUCCCGGGUACUUUUGAGCAACCGGAUGCGGCUCGGAGGACGGUGAAAGGUGGAAGCACCAGCAGGAGCAGGAGGACCGGAUGGCUUCGUAGGAGAGAGAGCAGCGUACCCAACAGUAUGCGGCGCAGCGAUGGCAGGCAAUGGUAAGACCGCGGUGAGGACGCUGGAGGACUUAACACUCGAUUCCGGUUAUGGUGGCGCCGCGGACUCGGUCAGGUCGUCCAGCGUGUCGCUGUGCUGCUCCGACCCGCCUCAGUCCUUCUCGCAUGGGGGCAACCGCUGGCAUCUGACGGAAUCCAUGCACAGCCGACAGAACAGUUUAGAAACGGUCAACACCGUCCUGGCCGAGGACACGGAGGUGCUGGAGUGCGCGGCCCAGUGCGCCAAGCUGCCCGAGCUGGAGGACGUGCCGUGGAGCCUGGCCGAGGUGGAGGGCGCGCUGCGGCGGGACGAGGAGUUGCUGGCCGCCGGAGAGCGUCCGCCUCCGGAGGUCCUGGCGCGUCUCUCGGCGAUCGUCAGCCGCGCGUUGGUGCGUGUGGCCCGGGAGGCGCAGCGGCUCAGCUUACGCUACGCCAAGUGCACCAAGCUGGAGAUCCAGAGCGCAGUCAAGGUGGUCCUCUCCUGGACCAUCUCCGUCAACUGCAUCGCGGCCGCGCUGAGCGCGCUGUCCCUGUACAACAUGAGCACCGGGGACAAGUUCAGCCGUGGCAAGUCGGCGCGUUGCGGGCUCAUCCUCUCCGUGGGGAAGUUCUUCAGGUGGAUGGUGGACAGCCGCAUGGCGCUCCGGAUCCACGAACACGCCGCCAUCUACCUGACGGCGUGCGUGGAGAGCCUCUUCAGGGAGGUGUUCGGCCGCGUCCUGCGCAGCGCGCUGCUGCAGAGGGACAACGGCGUUCCCAAGUUGAGCCUGGAGGCUCUGGAGCAAGCCGUCGGCGGGGACGCGGAGAUUUGGGGGCUGCUGCAGCCCUACCAGCACCUCAUCUGUGCCAAGAACUCUAGCGGUGUGCUGAGCCUGCCUGAGAGUCUCAACCUCCAUCGGGACCAGCAGCGCUCGGGCCGGGGCUCCGACGGGGGCGAAGGUCAUGGCUACACGCAGGCUGAACUGCGCACGGUUGAGCAGUCGCUGCUCGCCACGAGGGUGGGCAACAUUGCCGAGCUGAGUGACCUGGUGUCGCGGGCCAUGCACCACCUGCAGCCGCUGCACAUGAAGAACCCCGGCAACGACACCCCACUCCACCAGAAGAGCAGCACCAGCGUCCACUGGGAGCCUGAGGCCCUGUACACUUUGUGUUACUUCAUGCACUGUCCGCAGAUGGAGUGGGAGAACCCCAACAUGGUACCCUCCAAGGUCACCUUGUACACUGAGAGGCCAUUCCUGGUACUUCCGCCGCUGAUGGAGUGGAUCCGUGUGGCGGUGGCGCACACGGAGCACCGCCGCAGCUUGUCGGUGGACAGCGACGAUGUCCGGCAGGCCGCCCGGCUGCUGCUGCCCGGCGUCGACUGCGAACCUCGGCAAGUCAAGGCAGAGGACUGUUUCUGUGGCGCGGGGAAGCUGGAUGCCGCCUCCACCGAGGCUAAGUUCUUGCAAGAUCUGGGCUUCAGGAUGCUCAACUGUGGACGCACCGACCUGCUCAAGCAGGCCGUCAACCUGCUGGGACCCGACGGCAUCAACAGCAUGAGUGAGCAGGGAAUGACGCCGCUCAUGUACGCCUGCGUGCGGGGCGACGAGGCCAUGGUCCAGAUGCUGCUGGAUGCCGGCGCCGAUAUCAACAGCGAGAAUUCCCAGGAGCCCAGCACAGUAAACAAGCACCCCUCCGUUUACCCCGACGCACGCCAUGGGACGCCACUCACUUUCGCCGUCCUGCACGGACACAUCCCUGUCGUGCAGUUGUUGCUGGACAACAGCGCCAACGUGGAGGGCUCGCUGCUGGACGGGGCGGAGAACUACACGGAGACGCCGCUGCAGCUGGCGUCGGCCGCAGGUAACUUUGAGCUGGUGAGUUUGCUUCUGGACAGGGGGGCGGACCCCAUGAUGGGGACCACGUGUCGAAACGGCAUCUCGUCGGCGCCGCUCGGGGACAUGAACUCCUACAGCCUGGCGGCAGCGCACGGACACAGGAAUGUAUUCCAGAGGCUCCUGUCCCAGUCGGAGAAGGAAAAAGGUGACGUUCUGUCGCUGGAGGAGAUCCUGGCCGAAGGUUCGGCACCCAGGGAGAAGAGCGUCGCCCUGCAGGCCAACAGCGGUGGCGGCGGCGGCGGGACAUUACGAACAGGAAAGGCCAAGCUGCGUGCCCUGAGGGAGGCCAUGUACCAUAGCGCCGAGCAUGGCCAUGUGGACAUCACCAUAGACAUCCGCAGCUUAGGCGUUCCCUGGAGGCUGCACACCUGGCUGGAGUCCCUGAGGACUUCUUUCAUCCAGCACCGCCGCCCGCUGAUCCAGGGCCUGCUCAAGGACUUCAGCUGCAUCCAGGAGGACGAGUACACGGAGGAGCUGAUCACUCACGGCCUGCCGCUCAUGUUUCAGAUCCUUCGCUCCAGCAAGAACGAGGUGAUAAACCAGCAGCUGUCGGUCAUCUUCACCCAGUGCUACGGACCCUUCCCCAUCCCCAAGCUGACAGAGAUCAAGAAGAAGCAGGCCUCACGUUUAGACCCGCACUUCCUCAACAACAAGGAGAUGUCAGACGUCACCUUCCUGGUGGAGGGGAAACCCUUUUAUGCCCACAAAGUUCUGCUUUUUACCGCGUCGCCCAGGUUCAAGUCGCUGCUGCAGAACCGACCGGCGGCUGAGAACACCUGCAUCGAGAUCAGCCACGUCAAGUAUAACAUAUUCCACUUAGUCAUGCAGUACCUGUACUGCGGCGGCACCGAGUCCUUGCACAUACGCAACACUGAAGUCAUGGAGCUCCUCUCCGCCUCCAAGUUCUUUCAACUGGAGGCCCUUCAGCGACACUGUGAGAUCAUCUGCUCCAAGAACAUCACCACGGAAACCUGCGUGGACCUCUACAAGCACGCCAAGUUCCUCGGCGCCACGGAGCUGACGUCCUUCAUCGAGGGCUACCUCUUGAAGAACAUGGUGCUGCUGAUGGAGCUGGACGGCUUCAAGCAACUGCUCUACGAGCCGGCCGCCGAGAGCCCCGCCCCCUCCGGGUCGGACAUCCUGCGCGACCUGGAGAAGACUCUGGCGACGCGCAUCCACUCCAUCCACCUGUCCUCCUCCAAGGGGUCGGUGGUGUGAUGGGAAUUGUGGAAAAAGGACGCCUCCCGGACGGACCUUGUGAUCACGGGUGAUCAGUAGCAACGCCAGCAGAGGAACCUUUGUGCAUCUGGCACAUGUGUCACCGUGUCUCCUGUCCAUCGUCCUGCAUGUCCCGCCUCCUCGAUGGCUUUUCAUGCAGAGCUUCUCUUCAAGGACGAGGAGGGAGGAAGGAAGGACGAAAGUAAUGCAAAGUGUAAAUUGAAGGACGUGCCCUUGCGUCUGAUGUGCGUCCUCCUGUUUCCGACCUUGUCUCACUGAGCGUGUGUGUCCAUGCCGCACGUCCGUAGCCGUCCGCCAUCUUGCUUUUAGGUGUGCUCGCUGUGCAGACAGGCCAGGGAGGAUUUUCCCCGCUUCUUCUUUUUCCAUCAAUAUGCAGCGACUACUCGAUGUUCAUGCAGGAUGUGGAAUUAGAAAAGAUCACCAUCUGAUCUGUGAUGAUGCAACCGGCCAUUCCACCAAAUCGCUGCUAUUUGCUUCCCUGGGAAUGAAAACGAAAUAUAGGGCACAAAAAAGGAACUGCCUUUAACCGACAUGAACACAGGAAAUAUAGCACUCGUUGUCUGCCCCGUUCCUAUUCCUAUUCCCGUUACAAUUGAAAUAGCUAUCUUGUUAUAUACUUUUAUUUAUUGUUAUAUUAUUUUAUUUGAUUCAUUGUUUUUAAAUACAAAUAUAUAUUAUAAUAUGUAUUAAAUAAUCACAUCACAUUUAUUUUUAAAAAUGAGUUAAAAUUCAAUUGAAUUCACUUUGAUCUCUCAAUUCUCAAUUCACUUAUAAUUCACUUAUUAAAACAUAGAAAAACAUUUCAAUUUGACAUUAUUUUCUAUUCAUAUUUUUAACAUGAAUGUAAAAAAUAUUUCAAUAUUUUUAAAAUUAUUUUAAAACACGAGUAUAACAUUUGAAAGGAAAUCGAUAUUAUCAUAUGAUAGUCUAAAUAUUUAAAAAUGCUCUAAAUAAUGUAUUCAAAAUUCACACUACAUUUUACAUAAAAUAUUUUUUCAAUUUAAAUUGUCAUUUUAUAUUCAUAAAAUUGUAUAUUUAUAUUUUUCAAAUAGCAGAAGUAGAAAUAUAUUUUUAUUAAAAUACAACCAAAUAACAUUUAAAGUAUUGGAAUAUUUUUACAUUUAUUGAAAACAAAUUUUGUUAAAAUACAAUAAUAUUUCCGUCAUGUCCCCAGAUUUUCACUCAUUUGUGUAAUCCGAGCACAUUAGACAAUAUUUUCAAAAAAAUCUUUCGAAUGUAUAUUAUUUUAUAUAUUUUAUUUUUAAUUUUAGAUUUAUAUUGUUUAAAUAAUAAAUAAUAUAGAAAGUAAAAAUAAUACAAGUAUAUAAUUAGGUACCAAUAAUUACUGGCCUGAUAUCAGUAUCAAAAUGUGGUCGAUAUUGGUAUUGGAUUUUGAAAAUGGAUAUUCAAAGAAUUGUGUAUACAACACACAUUCCAGCACAAGAGAUAUGUCAUGUGACACUAAUCGGUAUAGGCUGAUAUCAGUAUCGGAAAUUGAGAGUUGGACACUAUCGGCAUAUCGGUUUUCAGCAAAAAAAGCCAAUAUGGGACAUCCAAAAUAUAAUAGUAUAAUAAUAAAUAUAAUAUUUGAAAUUAAAAAUAUAAUAAUGUCAAAUGUAUUCAGUCCUGUUACCUUAACACAUGACCCCUUGUUAGAGUUUUGGUACAUGGUCCACAGGAAGUUGCAUCAUUGAGGUGCUCUGCAGGCCACGGGAAAACCAAAAGUACAUUUAGUGUGUAUUUGUGUGUAUAUAUGAUGAUAUUUCAACUCCAACUGUCAGCACAGUCCUGUUACCGAAAUUGGGCUUCGUGGUCAACACGCAAUUAUCAUAAAUACCAUUGGGCUCUAUUUCAUCUAUUUGCUAAUUCAAUGCUAAUAGGUCAUUCCUCUUACUUUCAGCUUAGGAAACUGUGACAAAACUGAAAUUAGGUUUCUGUUUCUUGACUUUAUCUGCCUUUUAUUUAACCUAUAAAUGUGUCAGAUCAUUUUGCCUGACCCUGUACGAGAAAAUUGUGUAGUUUAUUUUGACAGUCACGAGAAGCAAAUGGCAAACAUUCAUUCGGAAUGGCCCGGACUGCUUUUUUUGUUUUGUUUUUUUUUAGCAAAAUGUGUCCAGUUCAGCAGAAAAACCCAAAAGUAUUUAAAAAUGUUCAAAAAGCUUGUAGCACAUGAGGCUAAAUGAUUCUUUUAGCAUGUCAUUUCUGUAAAUAGAAGACAAAAAGCUAUCAUGUCUUUUAUUUUCUUACAUACAGCUCUAUAGAUUCCAUUUGCCUUGACAGAGAUCUGGUUUUAUAACAGAUAAUAUAAGAAGCAAUAUUUCAAUGAGAGUCUUUAGUGUACAUUUAGUGUACAUGUGAAAAGAGCCAACCUCAACCAAAAAGAGGAAAUCUUUUUAUUUUUGGUGGCUUUUCCAAUGUGUAUUUUCCUUUCAAUGUAUUUCUAUUGGAAACGAGUAGAAGCCAGGCCACCUGUAUGCUCGCUCACGUCCACAUGGGAAUGAAUACUGAGAUUUUUUUUUUUUGCUUAACGAUGUCAGGCACCUUUGUGCCAACGUUACUGUAGCCUCGCUCGCAAUCCAGCUUUAUUUGACGUUCCGUCGGUUUGGAACGGGACAGGCUUGAUGGAGGAAAGAGGCAGGCUCUGGUUGUGGCAUUACCGGCGAGUCGUCGUAGCGUGAGGCGACUCACUUGAGAUGCUUUCUUUUUCGUUCUUACUCCCAAGCUCAUUGUCAAUGUCCAAAGCGUGCAAAGACGCCACCUACAAUCUGUACCAUUAGCGGCUCUAUUUGUGGUAUCGUUUGCUCGCUUGCGCCCCCACUGGUGCUCCGAUGCUGUGACGGAAGUGGCGCUGGAAUAGCUGCAGGAUUGCAUGGCUCUUCUUGUGCCGGUGUUGAUUUGCCUGCGUCAAUGUUCCUGCUGCUAACAACUAGAUUGUUGCAUGGGAUACUCCGUAGACUUCACCAUCCUGGGGAGGGAGCAUUUUCUGCCUUUGAGAACAUGUAUAUUGUACAAAUUAUACAUAUAUAUAUAGAAAAGUAUAAAUUCUACAUGGUGUGAGAAGCAGGGAUGUAGUUGAGUUUAACAGCAAAACGGAAUGUUACACUUUCCAUGUUUUUGUGGACAGACAAUUAAAUGACCGCAUU